AUGCUGCGUUCUUCCCUCCUGCGCUCAUCAAGAGCGCUUCCUCUAUCCCGCCGCUUCCAUGCAUCUACAAUAUCUCGGCGUGCCAUUGCUAAUGAGGGUCUAAAUGGGAAAGAUGCCAAGGGAUGGGGCAAAUAUCCCCUCAUUGACCACGAGUAUGACGCGAUAGUUGUCGGUGCUGGUGGCGCCGGCCUUCGUGCUGCAUUUGGACUUGCUGAGGCUGGAUUAAACACCGCGUGCAUAACUAAGCUUUUCCCUACACGCAGUCAUACUGUCGCUGCUCAGGGCGGUGUGAACGCUGCACUUGGGAAUAUGACCGAAGAUGAUUGGCGCUGGCACAUGUACGAUACCGUCAAAGGCUCAGACUGGCUUGGUGACCAGGACGCCAUCCACUACAUGACCAAAGAGGCACCUAAUACCGUCAUCGAGCUCGAACGUUUUGGUGUACCAUUCUCCCGAACAAAGGAUGGGAAGAUUUACCAACGUGCUUUUGGCGGCCAAUCCUUGAAGUUCGGAAAGGGCGGUCAAGCGUACCGUUGCGCUGCGGCUGCUGAUCGCACAGGACACGCUAUCCUCCAUACCCUGUACGGGCAGUCGUUGCGGCACAACACCAACUUCUUUAUUGAGUACUUUGCUCUCGAUCUCAUUAUGCACGAGGGGGAAUGUGUCGGAGUCAUUGCGCUGAACAUGGAAGAUGGCACACUUCAUCGCUUCCGAGCUCAUAAGACGGUCCUAGCCACAGGUGGAUAUGGACGAGCGUACUUCAGUUGCACAAGUGCACAUACCUGCUCGGGUGAUGGGAAUGCUAUGGUGGUUCGCGCUGGCCUGCCUCUCCAAGAUCUUGAGUUCGUGCAGUUCCACCCAACCGGCAUCUACGGUGCGGGGUGCCUGAUCACUGAGGGUUCCCGCGGCGAGGGCGGUUAUCUGCUUAAUUCUGAGGGCGAACGCUUCAUGGAACGUUAUGCUCCUACCGCUAAGGAUCUCGCUUCGCGUGACGUCGUCUCUCGUAGUAUGACAGUUGAAAUUCGCGAGGGACGUGGCGUUGGACCAGAGAAAGACCACAUCUACCUGCAACUCAGCCACUUGCCUCCCGAGGUACUCCAUGAGCGCCUUCCUGGUAUAUCUGAGACUGCUGCUAUCUUUGCUGGUGUUGAUGUGACAAAGGAGUCAAUACCUGUGCUUCCCACUGUGCACUACAACAUGGGCGGUAUCCCAACAAGGUACACAGGCGAAGUCAUUAGCGUCGACAAGGAUGGCAAGGACCACAUUGUUCCAGGACUCUACGCUGCUGGCGAGGCCGCCUGCGUGUCUGUCCAUGGUGCUAACCGUCUCGGCGCAAACUCACUGCUGGAUAUUGUUGUCUUCGGUCGCGCAUGUGCGAACCAUAUCAAAGAAAGCCUUUCUCCGGGCAAGCCACACAAGGCCAUCGCUGAGGACGCCUGUCUUAGCAGCAUUGAAUAUCUCGACAAGAUCAGGCGCUCCGACGGUCCAAAGCCCACCGCGGAAAUUCGUCUGGCGAUGCAAAAGGCAAUGCAGUCAGAUGCUGCUGUGUUCAGAACGCAGAAAAGUCUGGAUGAGGGUGUCGUGAAACUAAAGGAGGUCUACACCAGUUUCGACCAAGUUGGCAUCAAGGAUCGGAGCAUGAUCUGGAACUCGGACCUUGUUGAGACUCUUGAGCUCCGCAACAUUCUGCAAAAUGCCGUGCAAACUAUUGUGGCAGCCGCCGCUCGCAAGGAGAGUCGUGGUGCUCAUGCUCGUGAAGACUUCAAGGAGCGUGACGACGAAAAUUGGAUGAAACACACGUUGACAUGGCAGCAUGACGUUAACUCACCCGAGGUGACCGUCAAGUACCGGGACGUGAUAACCACCACGUUAGAUGAAAAGGAAUGUGCACCUGUUCCACCAUUCAAGCGUGUCUAUUAG